AUGAACUCCUUCCGCUUCGCGCGCGCGGCCCUCCGAGCCCGUCCUGCUGCCUUCCGCGCUCCCCUCCAGCGCAGAACCUACGCAGAUGCCAUCAAGCUGAGCUUGUCCCUUCCUCACCAGUCCAUCUACCAGUCCCAGGAUGUCGUCCAGGUCAACAUCCCCGCCGACUCCGGCGAGAUGGGUGUCCUCGCCAACCACGUUCCCGCCAUUGAGCAGCUGAAGCCCGGUCUGGUCGAGGUUGUCGAGGAGAGCGGCCCCAGCAAGCAGUUCUUCCUGUCCGGCGGCUUUGCCGUUGUCCAGCCCAACUCUGUUCUCAGCAUCAACGCCACCGAGGGAUACCCCAUUGAGGACUUCAGCGCCGAGGCUGUCAAGUCCCAGCUUGCCGAGGCCCAGAAGGUCGCCAGCGGCAGUGGAAGCGAGUUGGAGAUCGCCGAGGCGAAGAUUGAGGUCGAGGUGAGUAAUUUCCCAAACAAGGCCCUCGAGCGUAUGGAGGAUCCCUUCGUUGAUAAUUUCUCCCCGCCCCGAGCCAACGUCUUCACAGCCGAGCCCGAAGACGGUGACAUCCCAGAGGGUCUUGUAUCCGCGCGCCGACAGAAGUUCUCAAGCCGGCCUUCUACUCGUGUUACGAGCCGCAAGCCAUCACCAUUAGCCGACCCAGACUCUAUGCAGCUUCGCCAAACCGCUUCGACCGGUCGGCUUCGAGCAAGACCGAGCAGGACGCUCAACCGGCCUCCAAAGAUGCCAAUGGCAUCGAUUUCUGCCUCAUCAAGCCCGCAGAAGCCACGACACUUUUCCAACAACUCCGUUUCCUCCAUUCACUCUUGCGGAACAGAUAUGACAACCUCGACCAUUCGGAAACGCCAUGCUCGGGAUAUCUUUGCAGACUUUGGCAUCUCUCGUCCGUCGGGAUGGUUCUCUGACGACGAAGAAGAGGACUUUUCGCGUCACCGAGAUGGAACCAACAGCAUUCCCAGGCAUGUUCUCAACACGUGCCAUUCCUGCGGCGCAGAGGUAAUAGAGGAGCACAUUCGGUCAUCCUCCAGCCUGGAAACUACAGAGACAUCGAAGAAGAAUCAGAGGGCCCCAGCUACCUCGGUCAAUCUCAAUGAGAACCCCUUCAUACUGGCCGACAGGAUGACGAAGAUCACCACGGCCGAACCUCAGAUCACUGACAUGACGGUUGGCGCGGGACAAGCAUCAAGCCUCUCAGAUUGUGUUCCUAGGCAAACGGACUUGAAUACUGCAGAGACACACAGAGAUUACGGGAAUCCAAGGUGCAAUGCCACCCAUGGCGGGCAUCACUCUGGUCGCCACAGUAUUGCAUGCAAUGCCGAGCAGCAAAGUUCAGUAAGCAUGGAUGACUCGGAGCCGCUGCGACCACAUCUCCCGCUGGAGGAUCCCGUCCAGAACAAGAUUGACCAAACGUACCAUCACGCUGAAGAUCUCAGACGUGCACAGCACAUCAUGGAGCACCUGGCCACUGGUUCCGCUGGAACUUCAGCAAGCAAGCAGAACUCUCAACACACUACUCCCUUUGCACAGCAGACGCAGUUCCGAACCAAAGGUCUUGAUACCAAUCGCGAGAAGUUGAUCAGUUUUGAUGCGGCCAUGGCCGAAAGCAGCGAGCGCGCCAGGGCCUAG